GCAGCAAAUCGCACAUGCAGGAGUUACAACUCGAGAAAGAGAAAGUGAACGAGAUGGAGGAGAUGCUGGAACAACAACGAAGACAACAAAGCGAACAGAAGGAGAAAAUAAAAAAGCUGUGCGAUAUGAUUUGUUCAGCCGGGCGAGAGACUGGCAUUAAACCGAGCAAAGCAAGAAUAGCCAAGAGGCGUGAGACCUGGUGUCCAGGGGCUCUUCUUGCAAAUGCUCCGCUCGCUUCAGCUGCUGCUCUUGCGGCAAACUCGGUGCAAGUUCAGCUGGCACGAAUCUCAUCGAGCCCAAACACUGAGGAAAGCGAGUUUGACGAGAUGUCCAGAGAUGCGUUCCUAUCAACUCUGGAAGAAGAAGAAGAAGAAGAAGAGCGAAAGAAUUCUGAGAAUGGCCGAAGAAAAGUGGGCUUUGCAAGUCCGCGAGCAAAGAGGUUUGUGACUGUUAUGCUUUGCUAG